AUGGCGACGGCGGUGCGAGACGGCGACCCCGGGCCUGCACAGGAACUGUUGGUGGCCUGGAACACCGUGAGCACCGGGCUGGUGCCGCCGGCCGCGUUGGGACUGGCGUCCUCCCGGACCAGCGGUGCGGUGCCGCCAAAGGAGGAGGAGCUCCGGGCGGCGGUGGAGGUUUUGAGGGCCCACGGUCUGCAUUCGGUCCUGGAGGAGUGGUUUGUAGAGGUGCUGCAGAACGACCUGCAGGCCAACAUCUCCCUUGAGUUCUGGAAUACUAUCUCCCAGCGUGAGAACUGUGCAGACGAGCCCCAGUGCCUUCUGCUUCUCCUUGACGCUUUCGGCCUGUUGGAGAGCCGCCUGGAUCCCUACCUGCAUAGUCUAGAGCUGCUGGAGAAAUGGACUCGCCUGGGCUUGCUGAUGGGCGCAGGCGCUCAGGGGCUGCGGGAAAAAGUCCACACCACCUUGCGGGGCGUCCUGUUCUUUUCCACUCCCAGAACCUUUCAGGAGAUGAUUCAGCGCCUCUAUGGGCGCUUUUUGAGAGUUUACAUGCAGAGUAAGAGGAAGGGGGAAGGGGGCACAGACCCAGAACUAGAGGGGGAAUUGGACAGCAGGUAUGCCCGUCGCCGGUACUACCGGCUUCUGCAGAGCCCGUUGUGUGCGGGAUGCGGCAGCGACAAGCAGCAGUGCUGGUGCCGCCAGGCCCUGGAGCAGUUUCACCAGCUCAGCCAGGUCCUACACAGGCUGAGUCUGUUGGAGCGGGUCAGUGCGGAGGCUGUGACCACCACCCUGCACCAGGUGACCAGGGAGAGAAUGGAGGACCGCUGUCGGGGCGAGUACGAGCGCUCCUUCCUGCGAGAGUUCCACAAGUGGAUCGAGAGGGUGGUCGGCUGGCUCGGCAAGGUAUUCCUGCAGGAUGGCCCUGCCAGGCCCGCGUCCCCGGAGGCUGGCAACACACUGCGCCGGUGGCGGUGCCACGUGCAGAGGUUUUUCUACCGUAUCUAUGCCGGCCUACGCAUCGAGGAGCUCUUCAGCAUCAUCCGAGACUUCCCAGACUCCCGGCCAGCCAUCGAGGACCUCAAAUACUGCCUGGAAAGGACCGACCAGAGGCAGCAGCUGCUCCUGUCUCUCAAGGCUGCCCUGGAGACGCGGCUCCUCCACCCAGGGGUCAACACGUGCGACAUCAUCACCCUCUAUAUAUCCGCCAUCAAGGCACUGCGUGUGCUCGACCCUUCCAUGGUCAUCUUGGAGGUGGCUUGUGAGCCCAUUCGCCGCUACCUGAGGACGCGGGAGGACACGGUGCGGCAGAUUGUAGCUGGGCUGACGGGGGACUCGGAUGGGACGGGGGACUUGGCUGUCGAGCUGUCCAAGACAGACCCGGCGAGCCUGGAGACUGGUCAGGACAGCGAGGAUGACUCUGGCGAGCCCGAGGACUGGGUCCCUGACCCUGUGGAUGCCGAUCCAGGGAAGUCCAGCUCCAAGCGGCGCUCCUCGGACAUCAUUAGCCUGCUGGUCAGCAUCUACGGCAGCAAGGACCUGUUCAUCAACGAGUACCGCUCGCUGCUGGCCGACCGCCUCCUGCACCAGUUCAGCUUUAGUCCUGAGCGGGAGAUCCGCAACGUGGAGCUGCUGAAGCUGCGCUUUGGCGAGGCUCCCAUGCACUUCUGCGAGGUCAUGCUGAAGGACAUGGCGGACUCCCGUCGCAUCAACGCCAACAUUCGUGAGGAGGACGAGAAGCGGCCCAUAGAGGAGCAGCCGCCUUUUGGGGUCUAUGCCGUCAUCCUGUCCAGCGAGUUUUGGCCUCCCUUCAAGGACGAGAAGCUGGAGGUCCCCGAGGACAUUAGGGAGGCCCUAGAGGUCUACUGCAAGAAGUACGAGAAGCUGAAGGUACAGGCCACACCUCCCUCCGGUGGCAGCUGGACCCUGGAGGAGCUGAGCAAGGUGGUGAAGAUGCCCGUGGCCCUGCUGCGGCGGCGCAUGUCCGUGUGGCUGCAGCAGGGAGUGCUGCGGGAGGAGCCUGCCGGGACCUUCUCUGUGGUGGAGGAGGAGCGGCCCCAGGACCGGGACAGCAUGGUGCUCCUUGACAGCGACGACGAGAGCGACUCCGGCAUGGCCUCCCAGGCCGACCAGAAGGAGGAGGAGCUGCUGCUUUUCUGGACGUACAUCCAGGCCAUGCUGACCAACCUGGAGAGCCUGUCGCUGGAGCGUAUCUACAGCAUGCUGCGCAUGUUCGUGGUCACCGGCCCCGCGCUGGCCGAGAUCGACCUGCAGGAGCUCCAGGGCUUCCUGCAGAAGAAGGUGAGGGACCAGCAGCUGGUCUACUCAGCCGGCGUCUACCGCCUGCCCAAGAGCUGCAGCUGA